AUGGAGGAAUUUUGUUCUUCUGGGUUUUUCACCUGUGACGAGAGAAUGUCUCAAGCUUCUGGGAAGCAGGACGUGGAACAAUUAAUGAAGGAGGUUCAAGAGGCUCGAAGAAUCAAAAUGCUCCAUCAACCAAGCAAGGUAUACAUGAAAUACUAUCCCCAUUCAGUCUCACCGAGAAUUGGAUUUCUUCUUAUUUUCUUCAACUUCAUCAAGUUAUUUUAA